UCGUGCUCAUGUGAGGCUGCAGGGACGGAGAGAUGUCAACCGGUGACGGGAGAGUGUUUGUGCAAGCCAGGGUGGGCGGGUGGAACAUGUUCACUCGAGUGCCCCUUUGACAAGUAUGGCGUGAACUGCUCAAGUUCCUGCCAGUGUCUGAACGGUGCCUUCUGCAACCCAGUCGACGGGAGCUGCUCUUGUGCCCCUGGGUAUCACGGACCACUUUGCAAGGACGUGUGCCCGAAAGGCAGGUACGGCAACCGGUGCGCCCAGGAGUGUAACUGCACCAACGGCAUGGGAUGUCACCUCCAGACAGGAGGAGAGUGCGUCUGUCAGCCUGGCUGGAGGGGCCUGCAAUGUGAUGCCACCUGUCCAGACGGACGGUAUGGCCUCAACUGCUCCCAAACGUGUGACUGUCGGCACCCAGGUGCCAGCUGUCACCCGGCGACGGGAGUUUGCACGUGUGGACCAGGUUACCUCGGCAUACGGUCAUAA